UUGCAGUCUGAGUCGGUGGUCUCAUCGGAUGUGUUCUUAAAAACUCUCGUAAAAAUUGCAAAUGACUCGCAGGAAUGUUCCGAAGACGCAGGUGAUCCAACAGAUGCUAUAAAUCUUGAUGUGUGUCGAGGUGAAGUAGCACGACUAGAGGAAAAGAAAGGGAUUAUUGAAUUCAAAGUUAUUGGGAAUUCUUUCGAGCCUUUUCAAAGUCGCGAAACGAUGGUCUCCUUGCUGCAGCUGCAAAGCUUGUUCUCAGUACAACUUCCGAAAAUGCCUAAAGAGUACAUAACUCGUCUUGUUUUUGAUGAUAGACAUAGAAGUAUGGUUCUUCUCAAAAAAGGGAAAGGCGUUAUUGGCGGCAUAUGUUUUCGACCUUUUCCUACUCAAGGAUUUAUCGAGAUCGUGUUUUGGAAAGGCGUUAUUGGUGGCAUAUGUUUUCGACCUUUUCCUACUCAAGGAUUUAUCGAGAUCGUGUUUUGUGCAAUCACAGCAAAUGAACAGGUUUCUAACGAUUAUUUCCGAUUUUAA